CCGUGAAUCAGAUCCACCAUCUCGAUAUCUGGCACGUCACCAUUCCUUCAUUAUAAGAUACCGGCCUGCUGAUUCCUCCUCCAGCCAGCUCCCUCUGCCAGCGUCCACCAGCUGCCCCGAGUGCUAGAGCCGCUAAAUGGUGGUCUUUUCCCUUUCCACCGCCAAAACGGGCGCGAGCAGCCGCGUUCUUGACGAGCACGAGCUCGCUAACGUCGGCCCCAGCCACGCCGCCCUCGAUGAUCGCAAGCUUCCCUACGUGAAUGACGACCCCGAAGCUCGCCCGCGCUCGCCCUUCCGCCUUCAUGACCCACAACGCGUCACGCCCCUCCCAAAGGCCCAGCUCUUCACCCUUUGUUCCGUCCGCCUCAUCGACCCCAUUGCCUUCACCCAGAUCUUCCCCUACGUGAACGAGAUGAUGGACCGCCUCCACCUCACCAAUGACCCCUCCAAGAUCGGCUUCUACAGCGGUUUGGUGGAGAGCAGCUUUGCCGUUUCGCAACUCUGCUGCAUUUAUCACUGGGCCCGCGUCUCUGAUAGGAUCGGCCGCCGCCCAGUCGUGCUGGCAGGCAUCUUGGGCAUUGGCGUCUCCACCAUUCUUCUUGGGCUCGCCCACAGCCUCGGCGGUGUCCUCCUCGCCAGAAGCGUUGCCGGCAUCUUUUCUGGGAACAUCGCCGUAAUACACUCCGUCCUCGGAGAGAUUACCGACGCGACCAACCAGGCGGUCGCGUUCCCUAUCUAUGGGCUCUUCUGGCCUUUGGGUGCAAUCAUCGGCCUAAAUCUUUUCUCGGCGCAUAGACCUCUGUUGGGCGGGACGUUCUCCAGACCCGCGGAACGUUUCCCCAGUUUCUUCGACUACGAGUUCCUCCGCGCCUAUCCGUACUUCCUGCCGUGCUUCGUCGCGGGAUGUCUUUCACUCGCCGGCGCGGCCCUGGUCUAUUUAUUCCUCGAAGAGACGUUGCCCAGCAAGCGGAACAACGGCGAGUACGUGCCGAUGAGGCAGGUGGGCUCCGAGCAUGGGACCGUCGAUCCUGAGAAGCCGGCGGAGCCUGCGGGCGUGCGUGCACUGCUAUCAAUACCGCUCGUCAAGGCAUUGUGCUUGAGUGGGUUUGCGCUGUCAUUUCUAAACACGGGGUUCGACGUGACAUUUGUCUUGUUCUCGUACUCCGCUAUUGAGCGCGGCGGGCUCAAUUUCGAGACGCACCAAAUUGGCUAUGCCCUUGCGAUGUCGGGCGCCGCCUCAGUCCUCCUCCAGCUCUUCUUCAUGCCUUACCUCCUGCGUCGUUUUGAUCAUGCGCGGAUGUACAACGCGUGCAUGGCACUUUGGCCGUUCUGCUACGUGCUCAUGCCUGGGCUUAACCUCAUCGCGCGAGCGGGCACGGCAGACGGCGUCGUAAUGAAUGCGGGUGCGAAGGCGAUGGUGUGGGUGGGGAUUGCGGGAUUGUUGGGGCUGGCGAGGACGGCAUGUCUGGCAUAUUCUGUGAGCAUGAUCCUUGUGAAGGAGGCUGCACCCGACCCAUCGUCACUUGGUGCGACAAACGGGCUCUGCCAAUUCUUCAUGUGCUUCGCGCGGUCGUUCAGCCCAGCGUUCGUGAGUUCGCUUUUUGCGUUUUCGAACGGGUUCGACUUCGUGCUCCUGCACUAUUUGUGGGUGCUCGUCAUGGUGAUCAUUUCGUUUCUCGGUACGACACUGUCGAGAAGGAUUGCUGAGGGGAGAAGAGUGAGGCCCGCGCUCGCUAGGGCUUAGACGCGGUACGUGGGUGGCUCCUACGACGGCGAUCAUGAUUGUGGCUGUCGAUGUCGAGCAGUGAGGUCAUCUCUUGGUAGGUAUGUAGACGAUU